GCGGGGACGCGCCCGCUCGGUUGCUAUAAAGGGAAGGCGGGCUGCGCACUCUCCUCCGAGCUCAGUCCGGCGCUUCGGCCCCGCUUCUAUCGGUUCUUGCAGUCGCUCGUCAGACACCCCCCCCCCCCACAACAGCCAAAAUGGUGAAGCAGAUCGAGAGCAAGGAUGCUUUUCAGGAAGCCUUGGACGCUGCAGGAGAAAAACUUGUAGUAGUUGACUUCUCAGCCACGUGGUGUGGGCCUUGCAAAAUGAUCAAGCCUUUCUUUCAUUCCCUCUCUGAAAAGUAUUCCAACGUGGUGUUCCUUGAAGUAGACGUGGAUGACUGUCAGGAUGUCGCUUCCGAGUGUGAAGUCAAGUGCAUGCCAACCUUCCAGUUUUUUAAAAAGGGGCAAAAGGUGGGUGAAUUUUCUGGAGCUAAUAAGGAAAAGCUUGAAGCCACCAUUAAUGAAUUAAUCUAAUCAUGUUUUCUGAAAACAUAGCCGACCAUCGGCUGUUUAAAACUUGUAAUUUUUUUAUUCACAUGAAGUAUGGAGAUUAUAUCCACGUGUUGUCUGAUUAUAAGUGACAAUAAAAUAUUAAUUCUACUCUUUUUAAAA